AACCCAACUCACUCACUCCAAUGUAUAGGACGGCCUUGACCCCCCUUGCUCUGGUGUACGUGUGAGCCUCGUCACCUGACAGCUACUCUUGAGUAAACAAGAACGAGGGACGCUGACAAAGGUUCGGAUACGAAACGUUUUCCUUUUUCAAGGGAAAACCAUGUUUUACAAAACGUGCAAUUCCCGUGAGAAGUUGGUGACUAUAGAAGACAUGUCGUAAUGCCCCUGGUGAAAGAAGCCAGAAAUAAGAUCAGGAGCGCCGUUAUUUCUGUUGAAAGCGCUGUGUUGAUAAAUACCUAUAAAAGUUGCCUAUACCGCCCCCUUCUACGAAACAACCCCCACUGCGGGAAAGUGACCCAGAUAGGAAGCACUGGAGGUCACCAGCCUCAACCGUCAUCUUCUCACCUGUAGACGCGCACACCACAGCCAAGGGUGGACAGUACUGGGCAUUACCGGACAUUCAUAAUCCUGGCAUUGUCAUUUGCAGAAGCCCGAGGUCUUCCAUUAACCGCCUCACGAAGGAGGUUGCUGGAUUUGACGAUGGACAUCAGUGACUCGUCUGAUGAGGACAUCACUGACCACCCAAAUAUACAAGUUGGUAUGGACAACAAGAUGACGGUAGACUCAAAAAAUGGAAUGAUUAACUGUAGACAAACGGGACACCGAAACACCAUAGUUCUGAAUCUGGACACGUCACAUGAAUUGCCUGAAGACACAGAAGUAAACAUUAAACUUGUGUUUCGUAAAGCAAAUGUUCCUACAGUUGAGACACACAUAUCCAUCAACGGAAAUCCUGCUGCCGAAGAGCGCAUGCACGAAGCAGCACAGAACCGUGGGGUGUGGCAGAGUCUGCGACAGUUCUUCAACACUCUGUAUGCUAGACUCGAACGGGUAUAUCGGGGUAGCGUGGUGAUAGAACUCCAGGUGAAAGACGCCAACUUCCUUCCUUGUGUUGAGAAGGCAGCCAAGGAAGGACGACUCAGUGAGAUCAUCCUGCAGCUCCUCCAGGAAGAGUCCGUCUUUGAAAAGAUUAAAGGUCAAAAGGUGGAGAUAACUGUGGAAGUUAGGAUUCCAGAAGGCCAAUAUGAGGAGAUGUCUAAAGAGAUGGACAGAAAGAAACAAGACGCUCGUAAACUUGUGGAGACCCUCUUGACCAGUUCACGCAAUGAAGAGGUCGUGCAACGCCAGUCUGUUAAAGGGCUUGAAGACGUAGCAGCGGAGGUGGCUUCUCUUGGAACAACCCUUAACAUAGCCAUGGUGGGAGGGGCUGCCCUUGGUACUGCUGCUUUGCUGGCUGCUCCCUUUACGUUGGGAGCAUCAUUGGGACUUGGUGCAGCUACUGUCGUAGCGCUUAUUGCUGCAUUUGCGUUAGCAAUUAAAAAAAGCGAGGCGCGACAAAGUGCACAGGUGAGCUUGGAUGAGUACAGCAGUGCCGUGGAAUCACUGGAUGGAUGUAUUUCCACCCUAAUGAGGCAAGAUGAAGUCAUGAAAGACAUGGUUGAACACGCGGUUAUUGAACGUCUGAAAGUAGAGCCAAUACAAAUAUCAGAUAUGAUGAUAUCUAUCCAACAAUCUGCCGGUUCUGCUUCAAAAUUGGUUGUCAACGUCGACGGGGAGACAAUCCCAAUACACAAAUUGAAUUUAUACGACUUCAUAACAAAAAGCGUUAAGAAUAAAAGACGACCCCCGUCAAAAGUACAGAAAGAUAUUCGUGACAUGGCCCGACAAAUAGAAAGAAUGGAGGUGAAUCCCUUGCGUGGCCUGUUGUCCUCUGCCUGAUACACGUAUAGUGAUGGAUAUUACAUCAUAUUCAACUGAUGCAGACGAAACCUUCAACUUUAUACAGCAACUAUUGUCUUUUGAGGGACGUCCGAUUGAAACUCAAAAUCAAACGAGAGUUCAGAUAAUUUAAAAUGUAAUUCAAGUCCUGGUAACCUAUUCAUCAGUUAAACAGCAUAUUGCAGAAUAUCAACAAUUUCUGUAUCCGUUUUACCUUCAGUUACAAGGCUGCAGGUUCUGACAGAGCGGAAGGUCUGGGUUCGAUCCCCGGCCGCGUCAUACCAAAAGACGUUAAAAGAUGGUACUUGUUGUUACCCUUGCUGCCGCCUGGCAUUAAAGGAAUUAAACAAGAACUGGUCGGAGUCAUUACACUGUGUCCGAGUGGGGUAUCGAUGUUAAACUGCGGUAUGGUAUGUCGGGGGGUGAACUAUAAAACCGAUUUUAGUCGCGACUAGUUCAAGCAGACCCCACUGCCAUCUGCUGAUUGUUGAUACAUGAUCCGGGUUACAAUACGUCUUCAGCAACCCAUGCUUGUCAUAAACGGCGACUAUGCUUGUCUUAAGAGGCAACUAACGGGAUCGAGUGGUCAGGCUUGCUGGUUGAUACAAGUCAUCACACCCCAAUAGCGUAGAUGGAUACUCAUGAUGUCAACCACUGGAUUGUCUGGUCCAGACUCGAUAAUUUACAGACCACUGUCAUGUACCUGGAAUAUUGCUGAGUGCGGCGUUAAACAACAAACAACGGUUUUAUUUUUCAUUACUAUUACAAAAUAGAAGAAGUAAUUUCGUUUUAUCAUGAUGAUAUCAUUCUUUUGUUUUAUGUAUAUUUUCUCCUUUUUUUUAAUUGUAUUUCGUUGGUGUGUUGUUAUCCUUAUUCCUGAACCAAACAAUGACAAAAUGUGAAUUGAUGCCACAAACACAUAUCGUGUCCUGUGACUUUUGAAUUCUUAAAGGUCUAACAAUUACUCUGUUAUAUGUAAAUAUCGCUUCAAUGUCACCACUGUGAUGCAGUGAAUAUAAUGCAUAGUAAUUGCUCUGUAAUUUGUAAAUAUCACUUCAAUGUCACCACUGUGAUGCAGUGAAUAUAAUGCUUAGUAAUUGCUCUGUAAUUUGUAAAUAUCGCUUCAAUGUCACCACUGUGAUGCAGUGAAUAUAAUGCUUAGUAAUUGCUCUGUAAUUUGUAAAUAUCACUUCAAUGUCACCACUGUAAUGCAGUGAAUAUAAUGCUUAGUAAUUGCUCUGUAAUUUGU